ACAGGAAUAGUCUGUUAAUUUCCCAUAUUCAAUUGCUAUCUAACAGUUAAUGGAAAUGGCUUCCUCAUCCUUCAUCUUAGGUUCAGAUUUGAAAUGCAUACUCUCUUCUAGGAACACUAAAACCAUGUCUGGGUUUGGUGUACUGAGACACACUAACCCAAAUGGUUUGUUCAGCAAAUUCUUCCCCUUUCACACUCUAUCCACUAGAAUGGUAGCAAGGACUACAAAUAUGGUUUCUGAUGUUUAUGUUGGUGGAAACACAAGUAGCAGAGUCAAUAGCAAGGUGUACACCAAGUUGGACUCUUGUUUGGUGAUACCACCUACCCCCAGUCGUGCCAAGCCUCGAGCUAUAAUCAAAUUCCUGGGUGGUGCCUUCAUUGGGGCUGUUCCUGAAGUUACUUACGGGUACCUGAUAGAGUUUUUAGCAAAGGAGGGUUUUUUGGUGGUGGUGGUGCCUUAUAAUGUGACAUUUGACCAUUCUCAAGCUGCUAAGCAAGUCUAUGAUAGGUUCCAAGCUUGUUUGAGUACUAUCCUGACAUCUGGGUUGCCUCAAGCCAAUCUGUCUCCUGCUCAGCUUGAAGACCUUCCUCUUUUCUCUGUUGGCCACAGCAAUGGUGCACUUCUUCAACUACUCAUAGGCAGCUUAUUUUCAGAGAAUAUACCCAAGGCUAAUGCUGUAAUCUCAUACAACAACAGGCCAGCAACGGAGGCAGUCCCAUACUUUGAACAGUUGGGUCCUGCAGUCAGCCAAAUGAUGCCAGUUAUGGAGGCAGCUCCAUUUUAUUCAAUAGCUAGAAAUGCAUCAGGAGAUGCAUUAAAGAUGGUGUUGGAUGCUGUUAGAUCAACUCUACCAGAAUCUGAGCAGGAAAGACUGAAUUCCUUAACUAAAUUUGUUGAUCAGUUGCCAUCAGUAAUGAAUGAGGUUUCGCAAGGAGUAUCAGAGUUCAAGCCAACACCAUCUGAAAACCGUGAUUGCUUUAAAUGUUCAUACAAUGUUGAACACACACUAUUGGUGAAGUUCAAUGUGGACGCAAUUGAUGAGACAGAUAUUCUUGAAAAAACACUAAAGCCUCGUGUGGAGUCAUUGGGAGGGACAUUAGAGAAAGUGACAUUAAGUGGUAACCACAUCACACCAUGCAUUCAGGAAGUGAAGUGGGAAGUGGGUAAAUUGUAUACUCCUGCAGAUGCUGUUGCUCAAGGGCUUGCAUCUCUUUCUUUGAAUGAUACCAAGAUCCUUGCCAGAACUAUUAGUGACUGGUUCAGACGCUAUGAGGCUUGAAGUCAAAGGGUACACAAUGCAAAUAUAAUAAUAUAAUGCUUAUAGCAAAAGUUAUAAAAUUUUGAACCUAUGAAGUGUAUAUAAUUUGUAGGUUAAGAUAAAUGUUGGUAGUUUAUAUCAUUUAUUAGAUUCAUGUUUGUUUGCAAUGCUUUUUUUUAGAAUUAAGA